GCCCCUGUGGGGGCCGAGCCAAGCCCGCUCUGCAAACUCCAUCCCGCGGGCUGGAAGAAGUCGCGGCGCCCUCGCCGAGCCCGCAGCGCCUUCCUGCGCGGAUCCGGGGACUUACAAAGCCGGGACCGCCCCGGCCGGGGACGGGAUGCGGGCCGGUCCCGUGCGCUCUUCCAUGAGCGGCGCCUCGCAACCCCGGGGCCCGGCCCUGCUGCUCCCGGCCGCUCGGGGCACCCCGACCAAACGGCUGCUGGAUGCGGACGACGCGGCGGCGGCGGUGGCGGCGGCGGCCAAGUGCCCGCGACUCUCCGAGUGCCCAAGCCCCCCGGACUACCUCAGCCCCCCCGGCUCGCCGUGCAGCCCGCAGCCCCUGCCCGCCGCGCCGGGAGCCGGCGGCAGCUCCGGGAGCGCGCCGGGGCCCAGCCGCAUCGCGGACUACCUGCUACUGCCCCUAGCCGAGCGCGAGCAUGUGUCCCGGGCGCUGUGCAUCCACACCGGCCGCGAGCUGCGCUGCAAGGUGUUUCCCAUUAAACACUACCAGGACAAAAUCAGGCCUUACAUCCAGCUGCCGUCACACAGGAACAUCACCGGCAUCGUGGAAGUGAUCCUUGGGGAGACCAAGGCCUACGUCUUCUUUGAGAAGGACUUCGGGGACAUGCACUCCUACGUGCGAAGCCGGAAGAGGCUGCGGGAAGAGGAGGCCGCCAGGCUCUUCAAGCAGAUCGUCUCUGCUGUCGCCCACUGCCACCAGUCGGCCAUCGUGCUAGGGGACCUGAAGCUUAGGAAGUUCGUCUUCUCCACGGAGGAGAGGACCCAGCUCAGGUUGGAAAGUCUGGAAGAUACCCACAUCAUCAAGGGGGAAGACGACGCCUUGUCGGACAAGCACGGGUGUCCAGCCUACGUGAGCCCCGAGAUUCUCAACACCACGGGGACCUACUCCGGGAAGGCGGCGGACGUUUGGGGCCUCGGGGUGAUGCUGUACACCCUGUUGGUCGGACGAUACCCCUUCCACGACUCAGACCCCAGCGCCCUCUUCUCCAAAAUCCGACGUGGACAGUUCUGCAUUCCAGAGCACAUUUCCCCCAAAGCCAGGUGCCUCAUUCGCAGCCUCCUGAGACGGGAGCCCUCCGAGAGACUCACGGCUCCCGAGAUCCUGCUCCAUCCCUGGUUCGAAUCCGCCUUGGAACCCGGCUACGUCGACGCGGAAAUGGGAGCCGCAGACCAGACUGUGCCCGAGUUCCAGGAGGACAGUGACAUGAGUUCCUUCUUCUGCUAAUCCCGAAAACCUCAGAAACCUCGAAAUUCUCACACAUGGCAUUUCCAGUUCUAAAGACGGACAGGCCCUUGGGCGUGGCGCCAACCAGAUAGGGGACCGCCUCGGGGGUCCGGCACUGCUGAAAACCACCAUAGCACCUGCCGGCCUUCUUUGGGUUGAACGGCUGCUGACACUGAUUGGCUGCACCUGCAAAGUGGUUCCCCUUCUGAAUGAACCCUCGCCAGCGCCCCUCUGUGACACCUGGGGGUGCUGCAACUUUGGUAGGUGGCAGAGAGCUUGGACAUCCUCCACCGUGUGUUCGAGCGGAAUGAACUUGAGCGUUCGAGUGGAAGAUGAUACAGCUCGCACGACGGCAGUUUGGGUGGCAAUAACCAUAUCUGAACAGGGUGACGGAUAGUUUGGGCCAAUAAACCUAGCAUCUUGGAACUCAUCUUUGGUAGCUGACGUUGCUACCGCAGCUUCUCGAAUCGGAAAGUUCUUUUGGUUUGUUUUAACACUCAUCCUUUCCACACUCACACUUUACCCUUGACUCUGCUCUGCUUUUUGGAGCACACUGUUUUAGGAGCUCAGGAGCCCGCCCGCACCUUGAACCCAGACCCUCUCUGCACCAAUACCUUCUCCCCGCCCUUGAAACCUUGCCCGCCCCCAUAGCUAUAAAAGCACUUACCAGCUGAUUGCCCAAAAGACCUGAGCUCAAAGAGACUGCAGAGUUUUAAAAAUAAGUUGAGUGUUUGGGGAUUGUUAGCUUUCUAGGUUCUGCCCAAGUACGCUAGUACUUACCCUUUUUCCCCAAGGCCAUCUAAGGGUGGAGCUUCGUGUGGGAGGAGGAGGCUGAGUAGGAGACUCCCCGUCUCCCAGUCCCAGUGCAAACAGGAAGCAUCUCUGUGCUUUGGAGAGAGGGAUCGUUGGAUAGUCUUAGGAGACUUUCAGCCCAACUUCCGGAAUUUGCUUGGGCCCCUCGGGGUGUGCUCUGCCUCCGGCAGUGUUUGUGUGCCUGCAGUUUGGCAUGAGGGUGUGUCCCUAUUUCCCUUGUGCUGUGGUGUAGGAGUAGAUCCCUCUGAUCAGCUGCUGGGGUGGGAGAGCAAGCCCCAGAUCUUUGAGGGCCAACCUCUUUCUGCCACCUCCCAACACAGAAAUAUGCCGCCCCCUCCCCUUCCUCUCUCUCCUCUCCCCCACCUCAGCUCUUCUCACCCCGGGGGAUCCAAACGCCCCCCAAGAGAGAGGAGCUUCAUGGAGAAACUGCAACUUUGCAUUAAACAAGUACAGAUGAAACAUCCGCCACUGUUUUGGACAGUGCUGGAAUCUGGUGGUUACACGGGUAAACCAAACAUACUGUAUUUAGAGAAAUGGCACAAAAACAGGCAGCCAGCUUUAAGGGCUACGCCGAGGCAAACUAAACUACUAACCUGCAUUGUGAGAAUGCCGCGUAUACCUCACGUACUGUGUACUUUGUACAUAUAUUUGACCUUUUAUACAUACUGUCCGGUGUCGUUAGGCUCGUCGUGUUGUCUUGUCUGUCUGAAUAACCCGCGUGUCUAAAAGCCACGUGAAUGUGAAUGACUGUUGGCAGCGUUGCCCCGACAGAGCCGUGGGACUGGAAGAGGGAGGGCAGGCGUCUGUCGCACUAACGCUCUUGUGGUUGUUGUCGUGUCUGUGAUACAUUCUGGGCUGGCCGAGGCUUCUGCCGGGAAAGCUAGAAACACUAGACCCUUCCUGUACAUGUGUACAUAUGUGAACCUUGAGACAGCCAUUUCUGACUUGUAGAGAAAUUUUAAUAAAUCUGGUUUCGUAAAGAGA